AUGUCUGAGAACCAACUGCCGUCUAAUCGCGCCUUGAUCCCAAGGGCAAGGACGAUACGAGCGUACUGCAGCGUCAACGACUACAAACUACUAGACGGUGAUAAGGUCAUCGCGCACGAGAAUGUAGUGAAUGAAGAAAGAACCACGAAGGCCAAGGCCCCAGCUCAGGACCCUCCCACCACCAGCGCAGAGCCGCAGCGCACACAUGGUUCGACCAACGUUGCCAUAAACCUCGCCAUCACCCAGCAGCAGAACCAGCAGCAGCAGCAGUCCAAGUGA